CAGACCUCAAACAACAACAAGAAGAAGAAGCAGCAGAAAGAGCCUCCCUCAGCCAGCUGCCUGCUCGGUGAAAUAAACAUGACGAUGUUGUCAACUACGAUGUCCACAGUGCAUCUGCACUAAGAGCACAGCACUGAAUACAACGAGGGACGGUGGAUAUUGGGUUUGACUAAAUUUGUGACACGCUGUUCUGCUCGGAUCGGGACAAACACCAUUUUCACCAGUGGAGAAGUGGACAGCAAACACUGCAAUGCCUCUGCUGUUUUUGGAAAGGUUUCCUUGGCCCAGCCUGCAGACCUACACAGCACUGAGUGUGGCUCUGCUCGCUGGCAGCAUCUUCAGUGCCUACACCACUGUGACUGACCCUGGCUUUGGGGCCUUGGAGACGGAUGAAGCACCAGCUGCCGCUGCAGUGGAUCUUGACAAUAUUAACAAUGAUAUCAGUAACACGGAACUGGCGACCACUGUGCUGUGGUAUCUUGUCACUGACAGUCUCUUUGUGUGGGUCUUAGUCAACACGUUCUGCUGCUCUUUGAUGUUGAUUGCUAAAAUGAUUCAGUAUGUGGUGUUUGGCCCGCUUAGAGUCAGUGAGAAGCAGCACCUGAAAGAUAAGUUCUGGAACUUCAUCUUCUACAAGUUCAUUUUCAUCUUUGGCGUAUUGAACGUGCAAACGGUGGAGGAAGUGGUCAUGUGGUGUUUGUGGUUCUCUGCCCUGGUCUUUCUCCACCUCAUGGUGCAGCUCUGCAAAGACAGAUUUGAAUAUCUGUCUUUCUCGCCCUCCACUCCCAUGAACAGCCAUGUGCGAGUGCUUUGUCUGCUGGUCUCCCUGUUGUUGGACUGCUGUGGCCUGGCUGUAGUCUGCGGCCUGCUGGGAGCUUCCCAUGGCAUGCACACACUCUCCUUUAUGGCAGCAGAGUGUCUGCUGGUGACUGUACGCACUGGGCAUGUCAUCAUGCGAUACUCCAUUCAUCUGUGGGAUCUGAACCAUCCAGGGACCUGGGAGAGUAAGGGAACAUACGUCUAUUACACAGACUUCAUCAUGGAGCUGGCUAUGCUCUUUCUGGACCUCAUGCACCAUAUCCAUAUGCUGCUUUUUGGUAACAUCUGGCUGUCCAUGGCAAGCUUGGUUAUAUUCAUGCAGCUGCGGUAUCUCUUCCAUGAGGUCCAGCGGCGCGUCCGCCGACACAAGAACUACCUUCGUGUCAUCAACAACAUGGAGGCCAGAUUUGCUGUUGCUACUGCAGAGGAGCUGGCAGCUAAUGAUGAUGAUUGUGCCAUCUGCUGGGAUGCCAUGUUGACAGCACGCAAACUACCCUGUGGCCAUCUCUUCCACAACUCUUGUUUGCGCUCAUGGCUCGAGCAGGACACCUCCUGUCCAACAUGUCGAACAUCCCUGAACAUUAAUGGGGACGGGGGCCAGGCGAGAAGCCAGCAGCAGGGCGCGGGUUUGGAAGACAACAUUGGUGCAGUAGGAGCUGCUGCAGAUGCUAGACCACACAUCAACCAACACAAUCACUUCUUCCACUUUGAUGGAUCUCGUAUUGCCAGCUGGCUGCCCAGUUUCUCAGUGGAAGUAAUGCACACCACCAAUAUUUUGGGCAUCGCUCAGGCCAACAACUCCCAGCUCAUGGCCAUGGCCCAUCAGAUCCAGGAGAUGUUCCCUCAGGUGCCCUCCUACCUGGUAAUGCAGGACCUGCAGUUGACCCGCUCUGUGGAGGUCACCACUGACAACAUCUUGGAAGGGCGCAUCCAGGUGCCUUUCCCAACACAGGCCAUAGAGCGUGGCCCCACACAGGGGAGCCCUGCAGCAGACGAGCAGGAAGGGCCCAGUGGAGCAGCCGAGCAGGGCCUCAGUGAGUCAGACAACAUGGAGGCGAGAGGAGGUCGCUUCUCUAAGUCAGCCGAGGAGAGGCAGAAGAUGUUAAAGCAAAGGAAAGAAGAAAUGGUCCAGCAGGCACGCAGGAGAUAUCUGAACAAGAGUCCAGAGGACGAGGAUGAGGAUUUGCCUGGACUGGAGGAGGACUCUAUUCCAGAAUUGAACUUGACUGUGCUGAGACGUAGGACCAUGGCAGCAGCUGCAGAGAGACGCAUGCAAAAUCAAACAGAUCCUGCACCCUGAAAUAUCGAUUGGCCAGGGCAGAAGAGUCUUAUCACAUCAUCGUCCCAAGAGACACUGACAGAGCUAUUUCAACACCCCCCUCCCCGCACCCCCCAUCCUCCAUUUGAUGUACAGUGAAUGGUCAUCACGUCUUCAAACAAUAAUUUAAAAGUGUCGCAAACAUGGCGUUUGGACUGUUUUGGGCUGCCUAAAUAAGGCAGGACUGUUGUGAAUGGCUUCUGCCUCACUGAUUCCAGAGUAUUUGGAGCAUAUUAUAAAUUGAUGGGUGCAAGUCAAAAAAUGCAAGGUUGCAUUGCCCUUUAUUCACGUGCCACGCAUUACAACCACCAGCUUGAGUGGGGAGUCAGUCUGCCUGUCAAAAAUGAGCAUGCUUUGCAUUCAGAAGAGUCUUUUAUGAGAGAGGUUUGAAGGUGUCAUUUCUAGAUAAAGCUGUUUGGGUCCUUGUUUGUUUUUCCUUUUUGUUUUAUUUCUCAUGGUGGAAAUCUACAUAUUCUGGAUGACGAAACUCAUCGGAUGUAUUUGUGUGUUAUUCUUUUAUGAGUUUCAACUGUGAAUUAAGUGUAGGCAAAAUAACACGUUUUUAUUUCUUACCUUGGCGUAAGAGAAUGUCACUUUAGUAUUGUUCAGCCUUUUUGUCAAAUAUGAAUGUUUCUAUCAAAAGUAAUGCUGCAAACAAAGUGUUUUUGACCCAUGUGGGUUUGUAUUGAGUGCGUAAUAUCACCCAUUGCAAACAGUUUUGUUAUUUAACAAGGGGUGGGCGUGUAAAUCUAUGUUUUCUAAUACUGUUCCCAUGAGAUGCAUAGGCAACAGGGUGUAUUACAUUUUGUACAAGUACAAUGGGUGUCAUCCUCUCAGUCUUUCUUAAAUUAACUUGUGUUCAUUAGCAGUUCUCUCCGAGUAAGAGAAUAUUAUUUUCCACUGAGUAUAAUAAUUGGGUCCCUUGGUCAUCAGUGUCAGUCUCUUUUUUUUUUUUUUUUAGGGUAUGUAGAUAUUAAUUCUGUGACAGCUGGACUAGCUGGAUGGUGUUUUGUCGAUGUUUUGUCAAUCAUUCAAGCAGAACGGAUCAUCAGAAAAAACAUUUUCAAGACUCAACAACAAAUCCGGUUGCCUUCUGAUGUAAUACUUCUAGAUAUUCUAUGACCUGAAUGACUGAGAACCUUUAAUGAAUAAAUUUGUGUGGUCUUUGUUCACUCACAUUGAGGAGUGUUAAUUCAAAAAUCAUACCAGCAAGGAACAUAAUCAUCCUCUGCCAAAAAGAUUUUAUUUCAAAACUGUACUGCAAUUUACAACAUGAACUGAGCCCUUGAAACAUUUUGGUAUUGUCAAAUUUCACAAAAUCUGUAGCACUAGACAUAUCGACGGACACAAAGAUGGAGACUUGUCUGUAUUAUAAGUGUUUUAUUUCUUGUGAUUACAGUGCAAGGGCAGUUUGGGUGAGAUAUGCAUGAAUCUAGACAAGUACUUUUGUUUCCUUCCACUUUAUCCCAAAGAGCAGCCCGCAAACUUCCACUAAAAGCUGAAGUGUUGUGAUCUUUA